CGCCUCGCCUCGGCCCAGGGACAGGGCACGGGGACGCCAACCGGCGAACGUGCGGGCUCAGCCCAUCUACUCCCAUCUCUCACCGGCGGGGAGGGUCUGCACGGCCGGCCGCCAUUGCCGCGUCUCCCCGAGUGUGGCACUGAUUGGGGAGAGUACGUAGAAGAUGGUUGUCAAGGAGUUCACCGUUGAUCUCAACAAGCCUCUCGUUUUCCAGGUUGGCCAUCUCGAGGAACAUUACCAGGAGUGGGUUCACCAGCCCGUCGUGAGCAAAGAAGGUCCACGCUUUUUCGCAAAUGAUACCAUGGAGUUCUUGACACGCACAAAAUGGUGGGCUGUGCCGGUCAUAUGGCUACCUGUCGUCUGCUGGCUGUUCGCCAAGUCGGUUCGGAUGGGCCACACCAUUCAGGAAGUAAUCCUGAUGGCCCUAUUUGGAGUGUUUGUGUGGACGUUGAUCGAGUACAGCUUACACCGCUUCCUCUUCCACAUCGAGACGAGAAGCUAUUGGUCGAACACCGCACAUUACCUUAUCCAUGGAUGCCACCAUAAGCAUCCCAUGGACUCGCUCAGGCUCGUGUUCCCUCCUGCCGGGGCAGCGAUCAUAUGCGUGCCGUUCUGGAAUGUUGUGGCAUUCUUCGCGAGCCCAUCCACGACUCCUGCGCUCUUCGCCGGUGGCCUGCUCGGGUACGUGAUGUAUGACUGCACCCACUACUACCUGCACCAUGGACAGCCGUCCAGAGAUCCAGCGAAGCAUCUCAAGCGGUACCACCUCGGCCACCAUUUCAGAAUCCAGGACAAGGGCUUCGGCAUCACCUCGUCGCUCUGGGACGCCGUUUUCGGGACGCUGCCUUCGUCCAAGAUCGCCGCGAAGCUCAGCUGACAUGUGCAUAAACAUGUUCUUUGCAUGAGGAAUUUUCAGUAGAGUCUGUAGGGCUUAGGUUAGGGACAAGGCUCAUCUUGCCUUUCUGCCAUGGGUUCGCAUGUCUGCACGGUUGGAGUUCUCCAGUGGUGUGUGCUGAUGUCUGGCUCUGAUGUGAAGACGUUUGGUUGCCUCAACUUUUCAUCCACAGAAAUAGGUUAUUCGUUUCGUGGUAUUCGACGUUAGGAGGAUAAAUAGUCAUAUUCCUUGGUUCAAUUGCGAUAUCUUCUGUCA